AUGCUGCUCUGUGCACUUGUAAUAUUUUCAGUACUUGCAGGAGACUCUCUUGGUGAUCUAAUAACAUCUCAUGGUUCUGAAAAACAAGCUCAAGAUGGUAACAGUGUUACUCUCUCCUGCAACUACACUGGUGUUGUUAAUAAUCUACUGUGGUAUCGUCAGUAUCAAAGAUCCAAACCAGAACUCCUUCUCUCCAUGACUGAAUCUGGAGAUCCAGUUAAAGCCGAUCCAUCAGCCCACUGGUUAUCUGCUAAAGUUGACAAACUCACAAAGCUCAUGGAACUGGAAAUCAGCCCUGCUAAAGUAUCAGACUCCGCACAGUAUUACUGUGCCCUGCGGCCCACAGUGACAGGAAACCCUUUUCCUCUUUAUAAAGACUAUUCAGGUACUGUAAAUAAUUUACAAUGGUACAGACAAUAUCCCAGAUCCAAACCGGAGUUCCUCCUUUACAUCUUCCCGCAAGGAGUUAUGAGUGAAGACAGACCACCCAGAUUUACUGCUACAGUUAAUCAAGACAACAAACAAGUGGAUCUGAAGAUCUCUUCUGCUGUAGAGACAGAUUCUGCCAUGUACUACUGUGCCCUGAGGCCCACAGUGACAGGAAAUCUAACUGCAUCAUACAAAAACCUCCCAUGUCAUCAUUAA